CUGGGGGACAUCCUCCCCGGCAAGUAUAACUUGUCCGCGGAGACGACGCUGCUCCCCAGACACGACCCAGCAACACGAUGGCAGUGACAAACGAAAACGGCAGCGCCAGCGUCAACGGUCACGCCCCCGACCGCUCGUUCCUCACGGCCUCGGUGCCCCAGCUCGUCAAGCAGCUGACGCUCGAUGAGAAGAUCACCUUGUUGGCUGGCAAGAACUUUUGGGAGACGGCCGAAGUGCCGCGCCUCGGCAUCCCGAGCGUCAAGGUGACUGAUGGGCCGAAUGGCGCGCGCGGGGCCCAGUUCGGCAAGCAGACCUCCGCCACGGCCCUCCCCAACGCGACCUGCCUCGCGGCGACCUUCUCGGCCCCACUCGCCGCGUCAGCGGGCCACCUCCUCGCGGCCGAGUCUAAGGCGCGCGGCGCGGUCUGCCUCCUCGCCCCGACGGUCAACAUCCAGCGCUCGCCGCUGGGCGGGCGGGCGUUCGAGUCGUUCUCAGAGGACCCGACGCUGUCGGGUCUCAUGGCGGCGAGCUACAUCAACGGACUGCAGGCUGAGGGGGUCAGCGCGACCAUCAAGCACUUUAUCGGCAACGACCAGGAGCACGAGCGUAACGGCUCCAACAGCAUCAUUGCGCCACGGCCCCUCCGCGAGGUCUACCUCCGUCCCUUCCAGAUCGCCGAGCGUCUCGCCCGCCCCGACGCAUACAUGACCAGCUACAACCGCCUCAACGGGACCCAUGCGUCCGAGAACUCUUGGCUCCAGCAAGAGCUGCUCCGCAAGGAGUGGGGAUUCGACGGGCUCAUCAUGUCCGACUGGUACGGGACGUACUCUGUCUCUGACUCGAUCAACGCCGGGUUGGACCUCGAGAUGCCUGGCCCAGCAAUGUGGCGCGCGCUGCCCCUCGUCAAGCACAGCAUCGCAGCGCACAAGAUUGACCCGCGUACGAUCGACAAGCGCGUCACCGAGGUGCUCAACUGGAUGCAGAAGUACACCAAGCUCAACCCCGAGGUCGUUUACGCGCCCAAGGGCCCGGAAAAGGUACGCGACUCGGCCGAGGAGCGCGCGAGCGACGCCAAGCUCCUGCGUGAGAUUGGUUCCCAGGGCGCCGUGCUGCUCAAGAACGAGGGCAUCCUCCCCAUCAAGAGCGGCAAGGUCGCUGUCAUCGGCCCGAACGUCAAGACGCCAGUCGUCACGGGUGGCGGGAGCGCCAAGCUGCGCCCGCUAUGGGCCGUGACGCCGUGGGAAGGACUCGAGGGGAACAAGCCGGCUGGCGUGGAGCUGUCGUACGCGUUCGGCUGCCACGGCGCCAAGUUUGUCAAGCUGCUCGACAGCGAGUUCACGGCCGCGGACGGCAAGCACGGGUUCGACCUCAAGUUCUUUGUCCGGGGCGAGGACGGCGAGCUCGCGACGACGCCGGCGCUCGUCGACCGUUGGGACGUGAGCGAGCUCCUGCUCGGCGAGUUCCAGGUGCGCAUGGGCGGCCCCGCCGUGUGGGUCGCCGAGAUGAGCGCCACGUUCAGGCCGCAGCACAGCGGCGAGUACGAGUUUGGCACGACGCUCACGGGCUCGGGCAAGGUGUAUGUCGACGACGAGGUGGUCGUCGACGCGAGCAGGGACCAGCAGCCCGGCACGGCGUUCUUCUACGCUGGUAUCGCGGAGAAGCGGGGCACGUUCAAGGCCGAGAAGGGCAAGACGUACACCGUCCGCCUCGUGCACGACUCGCGCCGUCCACCCGACUCGGAGAUGCUGAGCCAGCCGAUCCAGAUCAGCGGCAUGCGGCUGGGCGCGCAGCCUCUGAUCUCGGACGACGACGCCAUCGCGCAGGCCGUCGCGGCUGCCAAGGCGGCCGACAAGGUAGUCAUUGUGGCGGGCCUCAACUCGGACUGGGAGUCGGAGAGCUACGACCGGCCCGACCUGUCGCUGCCGUACCGCACGGAUGAGAUGAUCACCGCUGUGGCCGACGCGAAUCCCAACACGGUCGUCGUGCUGCAGGCCGGCAGUGCCGUCGGCAUGCCGUGGCUCGACAAGGUCGCGGGCGUCGUGUUCGCGUGGUACGGCGGCAACGAGACGGGCAACGCCAUCGCCGAUGUGGUGUACGGCAGCGUCAACCCCUCUGGCAGGCUGCCGCUCAGCCUGCCCGCGCGCAAGGUGGACAUUGCGGCCAACCUCAACUUUAAGAGCGCGCGCACCGACAUCCACUACGAGGAGGGCAUCUGGGUGGGCUACAAGCACUUCAAUGCGCGUGGCAUCGCGCCGCUCUUUCCCUUCGGCCACGGGCUGAGCUACACGACGUGGGAGUACUCGGGCCUCGAGGUCACGCCGCCGAGCGGCGAGCCGUCCCCGGACAAGUGGAAGCUCGAGGCCAGGGUGACCGUCACCAACACGGGCAAGGUGGCAGGCAGCCACAGCGUGCACUUCUACACUGCGCCGCCGGCAGAGACGACCACGAGCCUGCUCCACCCCGAGCAUGCGCUCCAGGCGUUUGUGAAGCUCGACGAUGUGCAGCCUGGCGAGAGCCGCGUCGCGAGCGUCGUGCUCGACAAGUAUGCCGUGUCGCACUGGGACGAGCGGUGGGAUACGUGGCGCGUCGAGCAGGGUACCUGGGCUGUGCGCAUCGGAGUCGAUGCGCAGACCAUGGAUGGGCGCGCAGAGUUUGAGGUGGCGCACGACAUUGAGUGGCGGGGGUUGUAAAGGUGCAGCAGGGUAAUGGGGCAGUAAGUAGACAACAGCAUGCAAGAUUCGAGUACAAAUACA